GAACGGAGGACCUCGACGAAACAUCCUCUCGAUUUCACAGUCUCCCAUGCUCGGUUCGACCCUGCUCAGGGCGCAGCUUGAGCUACAAUCGCACUCGACUUGGCUCCGUGCAUUCUGCCUGCAGAGACACUCAUAUCACCAAGCAUUACCUCGCACUCUCGCCCUCGACCCUUCCCAGCGAUAUGGCUACCAACAAGCUAAGCGCUUUCGCAUUGAGCAGAGCCAGGGACGGGCAUACGCUCAGAAAGCCUCCAAAGUCCCAAGACGCCUCCGAUUCGAUCCCAAUAGGAGAGUGGAGGAAGAUGAACUCGCGCUGAGAGCCAUCCGCAAGGCGGUAGAAGAAGGUGGAAAUAUCGGGCGAGUGAUAGAGGUGUACAACUCGAUGGAAAAGAAAAUCCACCUGCGGCCCAAUGAUGUUCGUAUCAUCACCCAGCUCCUGCAUCACAGUCUCCGGAAAGCCAAGCGCUUUCGAGAUGAGAAGCAGCGACGCGCGCAGACCGAAGGACUGCUGGUCUUCGCCGAGUCUAUCGUUCAAGACAUCAUGAAAGGCGAUGUCGUGCCUCAGUUCUCCGCCCACGUCCAUCUUCUAGGCUUUUUCAAAGAGUCUGGUGUCCGCGAUGCUGGAGUGCGGUUCUGGCAGUGGCUCGAGGCGCAAGAGGAAGGCUUUGUCAAUCUGGACGUGUACGGGGCUGCUAUUGAGCUGUUGGCUGUCAAUGGAUCGCCACUCGAGGAGCUGGAAGAUCUGUAUGAGCAAGCGUUGGAGCGAUUCCCUGGAGCAUUCUUGGCAUACCAUCUAUCUCCGAAUGCCGCCUUACCGGACCGCGAAGAAGCGACAACGUUAAAAGGCGUUCCCAUGCCAUUACUGCAGGGAAUAAUGACAGCACGACUGCUGCGUGGCGACGCACGAAACGCAUACAUGACGUUUGAUACUGCACUGCGCCUAUACCCGGACCAGGUUACACCUCGCUUCUUCGAGCUCUUUCUGGAAGAGCGGCCGUUUCUGGAAGCGUACACGGUAUUUGCCAUGGCUUGCCGAGGUGGAACGACCAUGACUCCAACGCAGCUCAGGAACAUGCUCGCUGCUUUGCAAUUCAAAUCGGACGGCAUCUCUCCAGCCAGACACGGGAUGGCCGUGCGAACAAUGCUGUCACUUGUUCGCAUGAGGGUUGGGGCGGGAGGCUUAAUCGACAGCAAAGUGCUCUCUCGAUUGCUGAUUGGCAUGACACAAUUUCUUCGACUGAGGGGUGUUGCCGGCAUUGAUCCCACCAUCAAACAGCAAAUAGUUGAUGAAGUGAUGGGUGUCAUUCGAUCUGCUAUCGGCAUCUUCGCACGCCACGGAGCAAAGCCGGACAUUGGAGUGUUUCAUUCCAUGAUCACCAAUCUAGGCGGCCAUGGAAACGAUAAGCGUCUCAUUGGCGUUUCCCUGUCGGACAUGCAAUCCCUCAACCACAAGUUCGACGAAGUCACCUGGAGGUCCAUCAUCUGGGCAGCCGGUGCUUUACGCGAUGGUGAACUGGUGGAGGAGGGUUGGCGGGGCCUAGUGCAGCUGAAGGCAGAGACUGGGCAGCCGCUGGACGUGAACGAUGCCUACGUCCUUAUCACGAACGCCUGCGCCGCCGAUCGUAUCGACCUUGCGAGGGAUGAGUACGAGCAAGUGAAGGGGAACCUGCCACCACACCAGCAUGAGCGCAUGUUAAAUGCGCUCGAGGCUGGAUCUCAUCAGGAUACCGCCGAAGCUGCCGACGCGGAAGCCAUCUUGCAAGAAAUCGCGAAAAUCAGAGCAGAUCUUGUUAUCGUAGACCGCAGCACGCGUGCCGAGCAAGGCGUCCAAGAUCUGAGCCAGGACAAUUUGCCCAUGACCUUGCAGCCGACGCACCAGACGCUUCCGGAAACGGAGAUGCGCAAGCUGUACGAUGAGCUCACCCUCGAGGCCGGAUACGACACUCAGCAGCCGAGCAGCUCACCUACCACCGAAGCUGGCGCAGACGCGAGCGAGGACACUCUGCAAGCAAUUCCAGCAGCGCCGAGAGCUGCCAUCAGCCUUACGAACAUCCCCUUUGGACAGCUUCGAUACGAGAACUGGAAGUCGAUUAAUUACCUGCUCGAGCAAGCUGAGAACAGCGACCGCGCGUAUCUAGAGCUCGUGGACAAGGCUCUGGCUGCUGGGUUUGUGCCUCCGCAAAGGAGACUUGACCUAGUUUUGGAGGACUUCGAGACCGUGGGCAGCUACGGUCUGAGUGAUCUGGCAGAGUCUUCUCCUGACACUGAUCAUACAAGCCGGGUGUGGGACAAUGAGGCGAUUCGUCAAGGAAGGGAGAAAGUACUAAGGCUAAGAGGGCAGCUGGCUGAGGCCAGCGAUGGGUCAGCUUGACGUCGGACACUUUCCAAUACUUCCGCACAUUAGUGAACAGAUGUCUCCACCGGGUUCCGUCAAUGCUCCUGGCGUACGAAGAAGUUGGGAGUCGAUAACGGAGCCUAUGAAUCAACGAGUUCGUUGAUCCGACCAUCCCGUUCCAUCAAUCUGUUGCAACGCGUAUAUCGAUCCACCCGGCUUCCAGCUUCCGCAAACAGGCAAACAGGCCGGUCGACGUUACAAUGCGAUAAAAGUCAAGUAUCCGAGCGGAGGUGCCGCCGUUUGAUGGCUGCCGGCGCGAUGUUGCUGGAAAGACUCCCCCGAACGACGCCGUCUGCGGGACGCGGCUGCCGGAGAGAUUCCGAGUGGGGCCCCGCCGUCCCGUCCCGAGGGGUUGGCCGGGGCCGGGGAAAGGCUGGGUUAUGGGGCGAGGCGAGAGACACGACUCACACAAUUUCUUUGC